CGUGGAAACACGCUCCGGAGCGGAGGGUUCCGCCGUGAGACGGGGCCGGGGCGGAGCAGAGCGGGGUGCCGAGCUGCCACCGCCAUGCAGGGCUUCGUGGAGCUCACCAACCGCAGCCAGGGCAGGGAGAGGAUCUUCCGAGCCACUCAGUACACAUGCAUGUUGCUUAGCUAUGUCAUAGAGCGUAACGCUGAUAACGAGAAGCUGGUGCUGAAACUCAAGCGGCUGGAAUCCAGCAUGAGCUCUGGCCGUAAAAUGUUCCGGCUGGGCAAUGUGGUGCACGCCUUGGUAGCAGCCAAGAAAACUACAGAGCUUCCCGAAGUGCUUCCUCGUAUCUGCCUGACAGCCUCCAACCUGAGCCGUGCUCUGUACUUCUUCUGCGACACGGUGCUGUGGUUGAAGAGUGUUGGACUCCAGUCUGAUUUCAAUAAGGCAAAGUGGCAGAACUGGGCUACCAAGUGCUACUACUUCUCACUGCUGAUGAACCUGGCCAGGGAUUGGUAUGAGGUCUUGUGGAGGCUGGAACAAGCCACACAGGAAGAAAAGAUGAAGGAGAACUGUUUCUGGGAUGAACGACAUCAGCAUCUAAGCUCUCCCAAAUGUAAUGGCUUGCAUGGUUUUCUCUUCCUGCUGUUCCAGAUACUCAGAAAUCAUCCUCCUCUGCUGCUAGACGUGGUGAAGAACCUCUGUGAUCUCACAGGUCCUCUGGACACACUGGGGAUCUACAAAACCAAUCCAGGCGUGGUUGGUUUCUGUGGGCUCCUCUCCUCUCUGGUGGGGAUCCUCACUCUAGCGAGCCCACAUCUGAAGCUGAAAGAGUGAUGUAAGAGGAACUGCUCAUUGCACUGCGAGCCAGCAGCUUUCAUCCUCUGACAGGUCUUUAUUCUCCACGUGGCACUUUAAAAAUGAAGAUGUCUUACUUUAACCUCAAGAUGAGUUUGUUCCCCUUCAAAUCAGCGACUUCUGCCCUUUGUCCUUCCCCGUGUCUUUGCAGAUGAGUUUGGUGCUCAACAGAGCAAAGAUGGAAGAAGGGAGAGUAAUAUUGCACAGACAGAAAGAGGACUUGGAACAUGGCUGCUAGAUAAGGAAAUACUGAUGAUCCUAUAUUUUAAUACAGCUUUAUGAAAUAGCUGCCUAGACUACCGUAGUAUGUGUAUGACUCAUAACUAAUCAUGUUUACACAGGAAAGUAAGAAUUCAGCAAUCAAAGGUUCCUAUGGCCAAAUUCUCUGUAGUACGUUCAGGAAAGUUAGGAACUGUGGCCUAAAGUAAAGCCUGAGUGUUCUGACAGGACUGGAUUGCUGGAUCCUGAUUUCUGUGAGCAGUGAUUUGAUAAGUGAAAACUGGUAUCAUCUGCCCUCUCAGUGAUCCCUAUGUAACAUGAACACGCACUGCUGACUCUGGACCUACAGUCUGGUGAGUGCCAACUUCUGUCUCAAGAAAUAAAUAACUUCUUUUCCUUUGAUAAUAUAAGCCAAGAUGUGGCUUGGCCACCAACUAACUCUAACAGCAGGCCACGGCUGAGGAUUUGGGUGAAGAAAUGCAAGUGGGAAAUGCUGGUCUCAUUGCUGCUAAGGGAUCUGAGUGCAGUGAAGCUGUGAAUCUGGAACCUGUCCUAAGCACUACAUUUCCCAUUAUAUCCACACCUUAAUACGUGGGACAUUUUUACAUUAAUGACAGUGUGAUAAGCAGCUUAUUCUGCUCUUUUAAUUUUACUUGAAAAAGUCCAGUGUAAUAAGGAGCUUUGGAACCUGCAUUUAGGGACAAAAGGCCACCUUGGAGCUUAUCAAGUAAGAAAAGCUGCAAGAGUGUUUCCAGUUGGGUAAGCUCCCAGAGAGAAGGGAACAGAGUCAGACUUGAUCAUGUAUCAGAAUGUAUUUGAGAAGAGAAACUUACUACCUGGAUUUGGGCAUUCAUGGUUCAGAUUUUCUUUCCUGAUCCUCUCUGUCCUUCCAUCAUGACAGCAAGGUUGGUUGUGUGUUCCCUCUCUGGUUCUACCAUUUGCAAAUGCCUUAUGUUUGCCCUUGCGACUUACUGCUCUUCUUCUGGCUGGGAAUGAUUGCCUGGCAGUGUGAGCUCAGUUAGAGGAGAACUGCUGUGUCCAGCAAUCUAACAGCUUACACGAUGUGCUGUCUUUGUUGCUCCUGACUUUGCAGAGUAUCAGUUCUAACACCAUCUGAGAGCGAUUUGCACAUGUCAUACGACACAAAAUUAUUGCUUUUCUUCACCAGAGCCAGGUCUGUGUGUUCUGUUGCUUUCUGACUGCAGGGGCUGCCUGUUUAAUCCCUCAGGAGAUGUGAAUAGAGAUUAUCCUAACCCGGACCAACAUAUUCUCUUAUUAUUUCUAAUACUCUCUGUAAACAGAAAGUAAAAGGUGCUGUUCUCCUUUAUUAAAGGAGGAGGCUGUGGAACUGAGCAGGCAAGGUUAUGCAGUGCCCCAGUUUACCUAAAGUCAUUGUGGUCGUGCUUGGAAUUACUUCCACUCUGAAUGUGAAGUGUUUGAAAAUAGAGGUUGCUGAGCAGGGUAACUAAGUGUGUCUGAAGACCAAACUUGGCUUAUAGCAGCUCUUCUUUUUAAUACUGAAAUGAAUACCACUAGAAGUAGAGCACUCUGCAGGUCAGGCCUUAAUGGAUGUGUUGUCUUCAAGGGCUUUUUCUUGCUACUUGUUUAAGGGUUGGGUUUUUUGUUGUUUCUUUACUCCAUGUGCCUUUGAGCUGCUGGCGCUGUGUGGUCCAUCCCUCUCUUGGUCAGAUUUGGCCAUUAUCAUAGUGUCAGCAACCUGGUAAGGAAAGGAGAGGAGUGUUGGUGAUCUACCAGCAGAGCCCUGGACACUCUUUGCCUACAACAUGUAUCUUCUUGCAAGAAGCUGCAUUAUAAAUUCCUCUCAGGGGACCUCUUGGGUACAAAUCAGAUCUUAGGCUGGUUUGAAGACUGAUUCCUCUUUUUCCCAUGCAGUUCAUGGGUAAGGGGGAAUGGAUUCACACACGUAUGUAGCCCUGGCUUAGAUAGAUGUUCCUGUGCUCUGCAGAGGGAGCAGGGUGGUUUCUUGCCCACGUGCCCAACAAACACCGUGCAAAGACACAAACCAGUCCUUGAUGCUCUUCCUGGAGGGGCUGGGGUGGCUCAUCAAGUACAGACUUAACCUGGGAGAUGCAGCAAAGAAUUUUCAGCCUUUCUCAGCCUUACCUGUUCCAUUUGGCAUAACACGGGUCAGAGCAUACAGGAGUAACUUUACUUGAUCUCAAGCACUAAUACUGCCUUUCUGCUCCCCCGCUGGGGGAUAGCAGUUUAACGUACCUUAAUGUAAUGUGACUGAAGCCAUGGGAUUGCAAGCAAAUGGAGAAAAUCCUUUUAGUGCCUUUUGUGUGUGUGUUUCUAAUUUGACAGCUGGAAUAAGGUGAGCUGUUUGAACACAAGCAAUAAACUUUGGUGUGUAUGACA